AUGGCCGCCACCGUGAACGGUGUUGUUGACAGCGAAGAAAACUGUUCUAAAAAUGACAUUUGUGAUACGGAAUCAAUUACUUGUAACUCAUUAAAUUCCUCUAUUUCCUGUAAUGGACUGGGUGAUGAGUUUUCAGUGUCAUGGGGGUUCAACAUUAAUGAAUUAUUUGCAUUAGCAACUACUUUUUUAAAAGAGAAGGAAGGUAAAGCUUUUCACAUAUCCUACAAAGACAAAUUAUCCUUGGUUGCCUUUACCCAACAAGUGCUACAUGGAAAAUAUGUGGAAGAGAAAGCACCACCACUUGGAUAUUUGGAUGUGAUUGGAAGGGACAGAAGGCAAGCAUGGCAAGCAUUAGGUGAUAUGUCUGAAAAGGAUGCCAAAAAAGGUUUCAUAAAUUUAUUGAACAGUAUUUGCCCACUCUUCCGUCCAUUUGUGUUGGCUCACAAGUGUCACUUAGAAGAAUUGGAACGGAAAAGAAAAGAAGAGGAAGAAAUGAAAAGACUGGAAGAAGAAGAAGAGAGAAGGAUGCUGCUUGAAGAAGAAAAGUUGAAGUUAGAAGAAGAAGAGAAGCAAAGGUUAGAGAAAGAGAGACAAAAGCAAAGCCAUCAAAAGCGACUCAUACAAGAAGCUUUGAACAGACAGACUUUCCAUCAGUUUAAGAGUUAUGCAGAGAAGCAGUACCCUGGAGAUCCCGAGCGGCAAGGCGUCUUGAUUCGGCAAUUGCAAGAACAACACUAUCAGCAAUACAUGCAACAGGUGCUUCAGGAGCAACUUUCUGGGAGCCAAAAUCACAAAACAGAGCCCAUGAACAUCACAGAAAUGGAAAGUCAGGCGGAGGCCUCUUUUGAAACAACCCCAGAAGCAUCAGAGGAAGAAAUAAGUGAUCCUCUUCCUCUGGCCGCAGCUUCAAUGUGGACUCGUAGGGACAUUUCUGAGUUCAAAGAGGCGAUACGCAAGGAGGGAGGGGAUGGCAUCAUCAAAGUGGGCCAUGGUGAGACUGUGACUGUACGAGUUCCCACCCACAGCGAUGGGACUUGCCUCUUCUGGGAAUUUGCUACUGAUAGUUAUGACUUGGGCUUUGGCGUCUACUUUGAGUGGAACGGCAACCCAGACACACAAGUCACCGUGCACAUCAGUGAAAGUGAAGAUGAGGAUGACGAUGAAGACUUAGAACAAGCCAGACACGACAUAGAGAAAGGAGUUUCGCUUACGGACAAGCCUCCCCUCAGUGUAGUUAUACCAGUGUACAGAAGGGACUGCCAUGAAGAAGUUUAUGCUGGAAGCCAUAAUUAUCCAGGCCAAGGAGUUUAUCAGCUGAAAUUUGAUAAUUCAUACUCUUUAUGGCGCUCCAAAACUUUAUAUUAUAGAGUAUAUUAUACGCGAUAAAACUAUUUUAGAUUAUCACCAGAAAAUAUAUCUAAGCAGUUGUGCUAAAAGCUGAUAUUAGUGCACUAUUUAUGUUGGCUUGAACAGUGAUUUCUUUCAAUUUUAAUGCUGAAAACAUUUGCCCAUAUGUACAGGUAUACACAUGAGGCUUUUUAAAAGUCAGAUAGGAACUAUAUUUUUCAAAAAUUAAUCUUGUUAGAUUCGAAACUGCGCCAUAACAUUGAUGCAAAUUGAAAUGACAAAAGUAGAAACUGUUUUGCUUAAGCCUUUGGAACAAAGAAAAGUUUCAACAAAAUUUGAAAUUUUCAAGAAUUUUGAACUUGUAUUCAAAUUAAAAACUUGUAACAAAAUGUUUGUCUAGUCAUUCACAGGGAACUUGAGAUACGAUACUUCAGUUUGAGUCGGGACUGUUUCUAUUGGAUUAUUGUUUAUUGUCAUCUUCUAGUUUUCUGAAUUUUUGCGUGAUUAAAAUUUUUGUAGUGAAAACAUUCAGAGUUACUUCAAUAAAAUUCUGAUCGAAAUUUUGAAAAGAAAAAUAAGGUAUUUUAAAUCAAAAGUUUGUACAAGUACUAAGAUAUUUAUAGAAUUCUCGGUCAUGCAGUUUUGAUAUUGGUGUUUUUAAAGGUAAAUUUACACCCAAGUUUUGAGUUAAAAUAAAAUGAUGUUUUACUUUGAAAUGUGAUUUAUCUUUUACUUUUCGAAAUCGCUUAAAGGUUCGAACAUGUAUUUUGAAGUUAUUUAGAUGUGUUUUCUUCUGUUUUUUUUUUUUUUUUUUUUUUUUUUUUUGGAAAAAAUAAGAUUUUUUAAAGCCCUCAAAUGUGUAUAACUCUACCAUAUUUUCUGUGCAUAUUUCUAAACUAUUUUUUUACUUGUAAGGAUUAAGUAUACAAAUGUAAUUUCCUUUAUAUGAGAGAACAUGUUUAACAUUUUAAUCCAUAGGCAAAGAAACAUAGUUCCGUAACAAAUUAAACAUUAGACAGAUUGAAAUGUCUUGAAUGCUGAAAUAGCUUUGAUAUAAAAGAGAAAAUUGUAAGUUCAUUAACAAGCCAUCAUUGUAGCAGAUUCACCAUUAAGUUUUUAAAUGUAUUAGUAAACUUUUCUUAAUGUCUUUCUUAGAUUUUUUUAGCUUUUACUAGAAGUUGAAAAUAAACAAUAAUGUUUUGAAUAAAAUGUUGUUUUGUGUAAUGAUGACUGUCUUGAAAGUUAAAUCAAAAUAUCAAGUUCUGUGGAAAAACUCAAAAAUUUGUUUUUAAAAUCAUAUAGAGAUCAAAAAUCUUUGUGUUGCAGUUACUUCUUUAAUUAAACCCUAAGACACAAAAUAAUAACUUACGAAAAUACAGUCAAAAAUUAAAAGCAGGUUAAAAGUUGUUUAAAAAAUAUUGACAAUAACAUAUUGCAUCCUUAUGUUUAAAAUUUCAAGAACAUAUACAUAUAUAUUUUGAAAAAGAUUUUUUUUAUUAAUUUCAAUGUAAUUGAUAAACAGCAUUUUUAAUAUGUAAGAUUUGAAAUCAACUUAUAAAACUUGUUUUCAGAAUUUAAAGGACAAUUUUUUUUUUUUUUUGAUUUAAUGAAAUUUUAAUUUUAAGAGAAAAAUAACAGGUUUUCCAAAAUAAAAGAUUUUCUGGAGUGAAUAUACCCUUUUGUAUUAUACUGUGAAUGAAGUGCACUGAAUGAAAUGACAGAAAUAUUUUUGUACUGAGAGAAACAUACUAUGCAUCAACUUGAUGCACUGCACAUUGCUAACACAAUGAUCAAAAACUUUAAUCCUUGUGAAAUUUUGACUCUUACUAAAAUGGUAAAAACACAGGGAUGUAAGUGGGACAUUUUCAAGUUUUGAGUGAAAGGCAUUAAAAUGUAGCAGCCGUAGUUAGUAAUGACAAAAAUUAAAUCCGUUUAUUUUAGCAUCGUUUAAAUUUUUUUAUUGAAAGCACAAUGCUGGAAAAAAAAAAAUCCAAGUGUUGACUUGCAGAUUUUUAUGUAGUGACCUCCUGAAUCCAAAUACAACAUGUUUUCUCCGUUAUCUAGUUUCUGGGGGACUUUUCCCCAGCAUUUUUUGCUACUCAAUAAUUUUAUAGUCAUGAUUUUCAUUUCGGUAGGGGAAAAGUAUUUUAAAUGUUAAAUGUCUUCUGAAAGGUUAACAGGAUGAAAUAUUUAAAAAAUAAACAUUUAUAUCGAGGAGAAAGGCUUUAUAUAAUAUAUAUCAAACUCUCAUGAUGGAGAAGAGCUUGAAACAUUUAUUAUUAUUUUUAAAUUUUAUUAUUUUUUUUUACAGUAAUACUGGCAAGAUAAAUUUUUGCAAUUAAUUUGAAUAUAAUUUUAGCUCCCCUCUGCAUUUUUAUUUUUUUUUUUCAAAAUAAAUUAUCCCCCCCCCCCACCAAAGUUGAGAGCAAUAUUCUUAUUUAAAAAAAAAAAAAAAAAACAGAUCAUUAUGAUUAAAUAAUUUUUAAAAAGAAUGACAUGCUUAAACUGUCUAAAAAAUUCUUCAAUUACAGUAUUUUUUUUUUUAAUGAAAUAAUUAUUUUUAAAAUUCCACCAGAAUUUAAAAACUACAUGUAGCUUGUAAACUAAUGAGGCAUAAGUGUACAUAAUUUGGUUUGUAUCAAAGAUUGUUUUGUACAUAUUUUGAUUUGAUGCAUUAUUUCACAUGAAAUCUGAAGUAGCAAUGCAUACAGGAUGCAAUUUUUUUCAAGGCUUGGUGAAUAUGCAAUUUUGUUUUUUGUGCUGGUGAAGUCUGCAGUUGUGUAUGUCUGCUGUGCAGAUAACAAAGAUGUUUUGUUAUUGUAUUAUAAAACUAUUUAAUAAAUCAUUCUUUAUUGAAAGCAUGAUUUGUUUCAAUUUUAAAUAAGUUGCUACUAAAACAUACAGAUAUACAGUCGACUUGUGCUACUACGCCAAAUGGCUACAACACGAGAUUUUCAUGAGUAACAAAUUUUAGAGCUAAUGUGAAUACCUAGUCCUAAACAUGAAUCUUUUUGAAAGGGAAUCACAAGGCUUAAGUAUCGGCUUUGUUAUUGGCUACUAAAUAUUUGCUUCUUGAACGGAUUUUCCCUUUAGCAUCGCAGAAGCCCUACACACUACACUAUUCUCAACAUAUAGCUUUGUUAGUUUCAACAACUAACCACUUGGAGUCUUCUGGUUUUUUUUUUUUUUUUUUUCAUUCUAAGUUGAUGAAAUAUAAUUUCACCUGAGCAUGCUCUCAUUGAGAAGGAAUAGAUGGAGAGGGUGCAACCCUGCUACUGUCUGACCACGGAUUGUAUGGAAAGACAAACAUCCGUUUUACAGCCAGAAAUGGACAAAUCUAUCACUUUUAGCGAUGUCAGCUUUUGCAGAAGCAGAGUCUCAUUCAAACGAGCGGAAUACACGCAUCAAAUUUUUACUUUUCUCCCUCAUUCAGAUAGAUUUGUCUCAUCUGGAUGUUUGAAAAUUCCAUACAAUACGUGGUUGAACAGUAUCCUGAUAUGGCAAUAGUACCAUAUGACCUGACAACUUCGCGUUUACCGUAACCGCUGAAGAAGAGUUUAUUAGCUGAAGCCAGGAAUGACAAAAGCAUUUAACUGUAGAAGGGAAAAAUUUCAGCAGCUGCAUCAAUUCGUUGAAUCUGUCAAGCAUUUGGGGACAGGGCUGUGAGUGAACGUACAUCAAGGCAAUGAUUCCAAAAAUUCAGAACUGGAGUUUUGUUCUCCUGGAGCAUGAAUGAAGAAUGGCUUUCACUGUAACAAAACUGUUAAAGAAGUAAAAGCACUUAA